GCCUCAAUAUCUAUAUUGUAACACUUCAACUUAGUCCCACGUUGGAAGUGGUAAUCUUCGAGUGAUGGACGAAUUUUGGCUAACUUAUAUUAAUAUUUUAGGUUAAUGAUUUAAAGAUAAUAAAAUUAGUAUUUUGGAGAUCGAAUAGGUAAAUUACUCCAUUAGAUUGGUCUCUUUCGCAGAGCAUUUUUCUUAGGGGGGUGUGACGACUAAUAAAUGAUACAUUUUUUUUACUUGAUCGAAAAAAAUCAUCUUAUACCAAUAAGAUGUUAUUAUUAUUAUUAUUAGGUGAGCAUAUAAUUAUCCACUGUGCGUUGAGGAUAACACAUACCGACCACCAUAUAAUGCCCUUUAACUUGAAGACUUGAAAGAUGGGCAUAAUGAACGUCAACUUGAUCGAUGGAUUAUGUGCGAAAAGACCGAUCCGUGUGAUGUCCAUCUCCCACCGCUCGCCGCGAUCCGAUGAUCCCCGCCGUCAUCUCUCAUCGAGCCGUUCGUCAUCACUUCCCGACGAGCACAUCCCCCUUCUUUCACCUUGCAUUUCGUCGUCCUCGUCAUUUAAUUAUGUUUUUCUGGUAUUUCUUUGUAUUUGUUUAAUCUUUUGUGUUCUUCCUUGCCCAUUUCUCCCCUCAAUUCAGUCCUGCAGAUCCGUCCGUCUUCCCCCUUUAAAAGCCCUCUCAAUCCUCUGUAACCCAACCCCCAUAACAUUCCAUCCCCUAACCCGAAUCCUUUUCUUCUUCCUCUUCUCUUCUCUUCUCUUCUCAUACAGACUCGAUACAAAACGCAUAUAUUCCAUGGCUAGCGGUACUGAAGAAGGCAGCAAAAGCAUACCCUGACGUACGUUAAGAAUCUUCCGGUUCAUGUUGUCCAUUAUAAUAGAUUCUUUGUCAUAAAUUCUCCAAUAUGCGGUAACGAAAGAUGAUACUGGAGGCGAUCUCGGCGCUGAGCGACAAGAACGGGUGUAAUAAGUCUGCCAUAUCGAAGUACACGGAGACCAAGUAUGGCAACCUACUGCCGUCACACUGGUCGCUGCUGACGGCCCACUUGGCCGGCAUGAAGGACAGCGGCAGCCUGCUGUUUAUCACGAACAACUACUUCAAGCCCAAGCUGAUUCCCCGAGGCACCGUCCUCCCGCCGCCGCGCCCCCGCAGGCGGCCCCCCAAGCCCAAGGACCUCCUCGCCGCCGCCGUCGCCAAGUUCGCCGCUGGAUUCUCCCGGCCCCCCUUGGGCGCCCGCCCACAGCCGUUAAGCCCACUGAUUCUGCUACUACUGGUGGUGGGUCUCGGCCUCUCUAGGCGAAGCCUGAGCUGGUGAACGAUGCGGUCUGACGGCGGCAAACAGGGAACAAGUGUUGAGGUCGACCGCUGACCUCUUAAACUUCCUGCUGUUUCUUGCCGUAAUUGUUGCGCGUAAAGAUGCACAUAGUCAGGAUUGUGGUGUACGUACAUUUCGCUGAGCUUUUUUCAUUUAGGAUUAUUUUCUCUGGGAUGUGAAUUUUGUAGUGCUCUUUUUCUUUUAUUUUA